GAGGAACAAAACGUUCAGCUCACACAACUUAUUCAUAGAAAUAAAAUCUGUUCUAAGAUAAAAUGGAGAUGGUUAGACAGAACAUCUACACGCCUGAUGACGAUGAUCAGCAAGAACAUGUUCAGAGUCGUCGAGGCAGAAGCUGGUUCAGAGGACCAGACAGAUGCAAUCAUGGUGAGGGCUCCCAGUCAGCGAACAAAUCUUCUGACAUUGGGCCAAAACAAAGCUCCAAGCUUCCUCAUCAUCCCUCUGUCCAUUCCAACCACUCUCCGCCAGCUCAGCUGCGUUUAGUGCUAGUCGGGAGAACAGGAGCAGGAAAAAGUGCCACAGGAAACAGCAUUUUAGGAAGAAAUUGUUUUAAAUCUGAACUGAACAUGAGCUCAGUGACAACAUCAUGUGAAAAAGAAUGUGGCUUGGUGCAGGGUCGAAACCUAGAAAUCAUUGACACGCCCGGUCUGUUUGACACCUCACUCUCUCCAGAGGCCGUGCAAAAAGAAUUGCUGAGGUGUAUAACUCUGUGCUCACCUGGUCCUCAUGCGCUUCUACUAACCAUUCCAAUUGCACGAUUCACAGAGGAGGAGCAGAAGAGCGUAGAGAUAAUCCAAAACGUAUUCCAGGAAAAAGUCACUCGCUACACAAUCAUAAUUUUCACAAGAGCAGAUGAGCUGGAAGGAGAGCCCAUUCAGGCAUUUAUUAAGAGGCAGGAUAAAAAAAUCCAAGAUCUGGUGGAGUGCUUUGGUAGGCGCUACGUAGCCUUCAACAACAAAGCCAGUGGAGAUAAAAAACAAGUGACACAGCUCCUAAGGAUGGUUGAAGGCGUACUUGCUCAGAAUGAAAACUGUCAUUUUACAAACCAGGCAACAGAAGAUGUGGAAAGAGCCAUCGACGAACUGGUGCAGAAAGAGAUGCAGAAAGUCAGAGAGAAGGCAAAGGCUUGUCUUCAUAAAUCCAAUCAAGACAUGGAGAAGGAACGGCAGGAAGCAGACAGACACAGGAAGCGUAUCCAAAGUGAAAUUUGUCAAAUACAAGUAGAUUUGCAGAGUGAAAGGGCUCGCAACCAACCAGUACCAGGCAGAGCACAACGACUUGAGGCAGCUCUUCAACGGAAGAUGGAGCGUCUCCAAGAGCUGGAGGAAGAAGAGGAGAGAAGAAAAAAGCGUCAGAGGGACACGGAAAAUGGUCUUGAUGCUUGGGUUCGUGAAGAAGAGUGUAGAAUAAAAAUAGAUAUUCGUCAAGGUCAACCAAACUCCACAGAUUACCUGGAGAGGCUGAGGCCCUAUCUCAAAUAUGCUGCCCUUAUGGCAGGAGGGGUGGGAAUUGGACUUGGGGGCCCAAUGCUUUGGAGUGCAAUGGCCUCUACAGCACCUGUAGUUGAAGUUGGAUUAGGAGCACAGUUAGGUGGAAUGAUGGGAACCAUGUUGGGGUAUGGAGGUGCUGGCGUUCAAUCCCUACUUGCAACACUAGGGGCUCGGGCUGCUUUGCAGGGUGCAGGGGCCACAAUGGGAGCAGCCACACUUGGGGGAGCAGCAUUUCAAGGGGCAGCAAAUGUAGCCCCUUUGAUGGCAAGCCAGUGUUCCAUCCAGUAAGCAUCCUUUAUAAAGCUAAAAGGUACUUUAAGGUAUAAAUGCUUUAAAUUUUUUUCUUUUAUU